CUCUCUGGACACUUGUCCUGGUAUUCUCGUAAAGCUGGGGGGCUGGCAGGGUGCCCACCCCAGUAACCUGAUGGAGUUUACUCGUGCUGCGUGCCUCACGAGUGACGUGCCCGGCACCAGCCAGGAACCGGUGACCUUGCGGAUUCUUCUCUCUUGAGGUUUUAUUAAAAAUGCACAGCAAGAAGCAAACUUCAGUAAAAUACUACGUUGGAAUUGAUGUUGGAUCAGCAAGCGUUCGUGCAGCUUUGGUGGACGAGUUUGGGACAGUAGUGGCACAUGCAGAGCAGCCAAUCCAAAUCUGGGAACCCCAGCCAGACCACUACGAGCAAUCCUCUGCUGACAUUUGGGCUGCCUGUUGCACAGUCACCAAGAAAGUCGUCUGUGGCAUAGAUGCCAGCCAGAUUCGAGGGGUUGGCUUUGAUGCUACAUGUUCCCUUGUUGUUGUGGAUAAGCAGUUCCAACCUUUGGCAGUCAACUCUGAAGGACAAAACUAUAGGAAUGUUAUUAUGUGGAUGGACCAUCGUGCAGUCAGUCAAGUAGACCACAUCAAUGCAACGAAACACAGGGUUUUGAGCUACGUUGGGGGAGUGAUGUCUGUGGAAAUGCAGCCACCUAAACUGUUGUGGAUAAAGGAAAACUUGCAAGAAUCAUGCUGGGAGAAGGCAGGCUACUUCUUUGAUCUUCCAGAUUUCUUAUCUUGGAAAGCCACAGGUGUUACUGCAAGGUCCCUCUGUACGUUAGUUUGCAAGUGGACAUACACUUCAGAUGGAGGUUGGGAUGACAGUUUCUGGAAUAUCAUUGGUUUGGAAGAUUUGGUGAAGGAUAAAUAUGAAAAAAUAGGAAACCACGUCUUGUCUCCUGGAGAGUCUGUUGGAAAAGGUCUAACGCCAGAAGCUGCAAAAGAUCUCGGUCUCCCGGAAGGGAUUGCAGUAGCAGCAUCUCUCAUUGAUGCGCAUGCUGGAGGACUAGGAGUAAUUGGAGCAGAUGUGAAAGGACAUAACCUGCCAUGUGAAAACCAGCCAAUUACAUCGCGAGUUGCUAUGAUCUGUGGAACAUCUUCAUGCCACAUGGGGGUCAGUGAAACACCCAUUUUUGUGCCUGGUGUUUGGGGACCUUAUUUCUCUGCUAUGGUACCUGGAUUGUGGUUGAACGAAGGAGGUCAGAGUGCUACAGGAAAACUGAUAGAGCAUGUGGUCCGAGGCCAUGUUGCCUUCCCGGAAUUACAAUCAAAAGCCGCAGCCAGAGCUCAAAGUAUAUAUACAUACUUGAACAGUCACCUGGAUCUGAUUAAGAAAUCCUUGCCUGUGGGUUUCCUCACUGUUGAUUUACAUGUUUGGCCAGAUUUCCAUGGUAACAGAUCUCCCUUAACAGAUCUGACACUAAAGGGCAUGGUUGUUGGACUAACAUUGUCUCGGGGUCUGGAUGAACUUGCCCUUAUCUACUUGGCCACGAUUCAAGCCAUUGCUUUAGGAACAAGACAUAUUUUGGAAACUAUGCAAGCUGCAGGGCAUCAUCUCAACACCCUAUUUCUGUGUGGUGGGCUGAGCAAGAACCCUCUCUUUGUGCAGAUGCACGCUGACAUUACUGGCAAGCCUGUUGUCCUGUCCAAAGAAGUGGAGUCUGUUUUGGUGGGUGCUGCUAUUCUUGGAGCUUGUGCUUCUGGGGAUUUUGCAUCUAUACAGCAAGACCACUGGUGUCUGUUCCUAUGUAAGGGAGAUGCUGCCCUCCAUUUGAGCAGAACUGCCGCUCCGAGAGAAGCUGGCACCUCUUCAGCAAUACCUUCUUGGAGGCCAUGGCGAAAAUGGGAAAAAUCGGGCGAGUCGUGCAGCCUAACCACGAGCACAAAAGGUUUUAUGACAAGAAAUACGAAGUAUUUCUGAAACUCGUGGAGCACCAGAGAGAGUAUCGCGCCAUCAUGAAAGGCUUCUAGUCCAGAGCCAGUAUAGUCUGGGAACAGCAGGGAUACACUUUCAGGGUAAUUUCUUUUCACUGUACUGUCCAUGGUAAAAACGUGUUUUUGUCAUCUAAAUUGUAUAUUUUCAUUAUUAAUGAGAAAUAAAAUGCAUACACCGUGAA